AUGGCUUCAGAAUUCAGUCCAAUAAAAUGCACAUCUAUGUACAAAACGAAAUAUUUGUCAGAUGUAUUUAGCAAUUUCAGCAGAAAGAUAGCGCUCCGUACAGUUAUGACGUCCCUGGCAUUUCUUAAGAUGACAAUAAAUGGUGUGUCGGGACAAUUUGCACCUUUUCCCGGAGGAUUUCAAGACCCCUGGGGGCCUCAAUCAUUUCGUCGACAGUUUCCCUCUCAGGUCCCUAACAGAAUGCAGCCCCUCACAGCUCGGCGGUUCUCCAGUAGGAACCCGCCCUCCAGGCAGCCUGACAGCUGGGGACAGCCAUGGCGUCGACCGGCCCCGCCAUUUUUAGACCAAAACACACAACCUUUCUUUGACAGAAACGCCCCGCAGAUGGCGCGUCGAAACAGCGUCAGCGUUAUGAACCCCGCGCCAAAUCAAGCUUCAGGAAUUGAAACAAUAACAUCGCUUCUAUUGAAUAGCACCUCCCAGACCGGAGGUGGACUUUCACCAGUAGAUAUUCUGAGUCAAGUUCAGAAUUUGAAUUCCCCCGGGCGUUCUUCGAAUAGCCUUUCAAACAUAUUGAAUUUUGGUAAAAGUUUACUUGAGGGAGCAUUCAAUACUAGAAAAUCUGACAAGAAAGAGUCCCCAGUUGUGCCCCCUGACGUCACAACAAAGGAAAUAAAAACCCCAACAGAAGCAAUCAACGACAAUGCUCAAAUUCCAAAAGACAUAAAAACUACAAAUGUAAAAGAACAGAAGGAUAUUGGGAUUGUUAAAGACAAAGUACCGACAAAUGUUGUUGUACCGAAAGAAGUAAGUGGACCAAUCAGCCCACACGAAGUAAAGCACGUAAAUGAAGCCGUUAUUCCGAUAGAUAAUCGACCACCAACGGAAUUUAUAGACCCGGUAAAUCCGGUCAACGUAAACAUCGAGAAUCGACCCACGAACCCUAUCAACAUCCGACCUAUCGACGGGUCAGAAUUAGUCGGAGUCGAAGUUCUUCCACCAGGCGAAAUAAGUAAAGGACGCCGAAUCAACGAUAGAACAAUCAACGGUAGACAGAACAUUCACCCAGAGGACGGAAUUCACAGAAUCAACCCCAUAACAGGACUUCCGGAAUUCAUCAAUGCCGGACCUAUUACAGGCGUCUCUCCCGGAGGCGGGCUGGACCACGGUCAUCUUCACAGAGACGGAACCUUUCACCACUUUCCAGUGACCGUGCAUGGUAACGACACAAACGAUAUUUUAUCUGUCCUUGACCCCGUGACAGGGGAGACGGCCAUUUUCCCCGCCAUCGACUUCAACCCUGACGGAAGCCAGAAAGAUAUGAACCCGGCUGAGAACCGCGCCGCUUGGUUGAUGGAGCGGAAGCGAGUGAGAAGGUUGAGGAAACAGAAUCGGAGACUCCGGGAACUGUUAAGGCAACACAUGAAUGAGGUUCAUCCAAGUGAACUUACGCCCAUAGACGAAAACGGACUAAAACCUGGUGACGUCAUACCUGUUUUACCGGUUGCACCGCCUGGUGACGUCAUACCCGUCUUGCCGGUUGUACCUGAUUAUAUACCAUCUGCCACACCCUCUCCAAACUUAGUAUUCCCGAACGGUCCCGGGAUUAAUUCUGGAAAAUCUGUACCUGAACCCGAACCUGAACCUAUAUUACCUGGUAACCCCCUGGGUCCUCGAGGACCACAACCUGGUGACGCCAUUCCUGUCAGUGACGUCAUACCGGAACCCGGGGAUCCGGGAUAUAUUCCGUCUGCAACUCCCUCCCCAGUCAUAAAGGUACCGGGUAAGAAAAAAAUACCGAUCGUUACGGGCGGAAGGAAGCCUUUACAACCAGGCGACUUCUUUCCCGUGGAUGACAUCAUACCAACAGUUCCAGGAUACAUUCCGUCUGCCACGCCAUCCCCCGUGCUUGUUGUUCCUAAAGAAAAACCCUACCCCAAAAUCAUCAAUCCGCCUGUAGAUCCCAAGGACGUAGUUCCGGUACAACCAGUAGUUCCGGUUCAACCAGUAGUUCCAGUUCAACCAGUAGUUCCGGUACAACCUAAAGUUCCGGUACAACCUAAAGUUCCGGACACGUUUAUUUUGCCCGCUACUCCCGCGCCGGUUAUCAAGGUCCCACCGACCACAAAACGCCCCCAGCCACCCCCUCCCCCACCCCCGCCACGCCGACCCCCACCACCCCCACCGAAAAAGAACAAUAACUUAUUAAAGAACCUGGGUAUUGGGUUUGCUUUAGGCAGUCUAUUCUUUGGGAGGUAA